AUGUCGAGCGUCAUCGUUUUCGGUGCUGCAGGCGUAGUCGCAGGCGCAGCAGCCAUCGAAACGAGAAAACGCGGCGCAACCGUGUGGCUUUCCGUGCGACAAGCCGAGCUAGGAGCCCUCAAUCGCAUCGGCGAACUGGACGAAGUCAAAGGAUACCGUCGUGUUAUCGCAGAUCUGACCGAUCCAUCGACUAUUGCAGAAGCUAUCAAGAUAUCGGGUGCGACCGCGGCCUUCUUAUACACAGUCUUCGCUUGUGAAGAUGGCAUGAAAACCGUUUUCGAGGCUCUAAGGGAUGCUGGAGUCACUUAUGUUGUGCUGUUAUCGUCGUACGCAGUCAAAGACCCGCUGUCGUCCAUGGAGAAAACAAAGGGAUCAUCGUGGCACCACGCACAGGCUGAGAUAGCAUUGAACGAAGUCGGAAUCGAUGCGGCAAUUUUGCGACCGAUGUACUUUUGCUCCAAUCUCUUCCUCGUUACGCACAGUGCCAAACACGGCGUCGUUGAGCUGUUUCGCCCGAACACGCUCUUCGAUUUCAUCGUACCCGAGGACAUUGGCACAAGCGCUGGCGCCCUACUAGCCACGCAGGAAUCGAAAGGCACCAUUCUUCUGAACGGCCCAGACCUUAUGUCGAUGCAAGAUGCGAUACGCGUCGUUGCGGGAACGGCCGGCAGAUCAAUAGAAAUCAGGGAAAUUGACGAGCAGGCGUUUAAGAAGAAUCUGUCUCAUCUGCCUGAGGUCGACUUGCAGUCUUUAAUCGCAAACCACAUCGAAUAUAGCACGACGCCGGCCGAAAGAUUGUUCCCGAAGCAUGCUGAGGCAGUGGCGAACUUGCGGAGAUAUGGAGGACAAGUGACGAGCAUUGCGAACUGGGCCAGGGGAAGCGAACUGGGCCAGGGGAAGCGAACUUAUGGCUAUGAUACAUGGAGCGCAUGA